AUGACACCACCUCCUCCUAUUGUCAUAGAUGCUCAGGCCAUUUCGGGAAUAACGGGGUCUAUUUCUAUCGCCUGUUGGAUUAUUGUGUUUGCCCCACAAAUUUAUGAAAACUUUAGAAGAAAGUCGAGUGAAGGGUUGUCGCUCCUGUUUAUAAUACUUUGGCUUGCUGGGGAUGUAUUUAACGUGCUCGGGUCAGUGUUGCAAGGUGUGCUCCCGACCAUGAUUAUUCUUGCUGUGUAUUAUACAUUAGCUGAUAUUGUUUUACUUUGGCAAUGCAUGGUGUAUGGCCACGGUGAAAAGACCGACUUGAUACAUUUAUCGCCAGCUAAUCCCAUGAGUGAAGAUGUCGAUGUUCUUGAAACGGUAUUGUCCCGAGAGCAUCAUCACCACCAUAACACGGAACAAGAGGAAGUAGACUAUAUAAGCAGAGAUUUGGAGGCAUCCAGUUCAACAAGCUCCACCAGCUCAUCCAGUUCUAAACUCAGUCAGUUACAAACUGUGUUUCUCAACACAUUAAUGGUAGCUUUAGUCAUCCUUGCUGGUGUCAUUGGAUGGUACAUUUCCUACGUUAAAGACUCACAACAUAAGAAACACCACCCAGGACAUGUAAGAAGACCAGAAGACCUUGUGUAUGAUCCAUUGGCGCAAGUGUUUGGAUGGCUCUGUGCUGUGUUAUACUUGGGAUCUCGAGUCCCACAAAUUGUUUUGAAUUACGAGAGAAAAAGUUGUGAUGGAAUCAGUUUCAUGUUCUUUUUGUUUGCAUGUUUGGGUAACUUGACCUAUGUCAUUAGUAUCUUGAGUAUCGACACCAGCUUGCAUUACCUCUGGGUUAAUUCUAGUUGGUUAGCGGGAAGUUUAGGAACGUUGGGAUUGGAUUUCACGAUUUUCAUCCAGUUUUUCUUGUAUAAUGAGAGUAUUGAUAGUGAGAGUGAGAAUUGUUGGUGCAAGAAACGAGUUCAUAUGGAACUACCUAGGGCAUGGUCUGUACAGACUCAAAUUUUAAAAUAUUAA